AUGUCUCUGACAAAGCGAGCACGCUCUCAAAACCCAGAUGACUUCCCAACUCUUCAACUCUUUCUCCUUGCCAUUGUUCGACUCGCCGAACCCAUUGCCUUGACCUCCAUCUUCCCAUACGCGUGGGCUCUUGUGAAAAAGUUCCAAGUCGGAAACGAGCAAGAUGCCUCCUUCUACGCCGGCCUCCUCAUCUCGUCCUUCUCCCUCGCCGAGGCACUGAUGGGCAUGUAUUGGGGUGGCCUCUCCGAUCGUAUGGGCCGCAAACCUGUCUUGAUGAUCGGUUGCGCAGGCACUAUGUUUAGCAUGGUGAUGGUCGGCUUUGCCUCUGAUAUUUGGAUGGCCUUGAUUGGGCGUGCAAUCGGCGGUCUUUUGAACGGAAAUAUUGGUGUCAUUCAGACCAUGGUAGGAGAGUUGGUCUCCAAACCAGAGCAUGAGCCACGCGCCUACUCUGUAAUGCCUUUCGUUUGGAGCAUCGGCACUAUCAUCGGGCCUUGUAUUGGCGGCACCUUUGCCGACCCUCAUGUUUCCUGGCCCAGCGUAUUCCCGAAGGGGAGCUUGUUUGAGAGAUUCCCUUAUCUUCUCCCAAACCUGCUCUGCGCUGCGCUGCUUGGUCUCAGCAUUGUCCUAGGUUUUUUCCUGCUUGAUGAAACCCACCCUGAUAUGCAACCCCGCAUAUAUCUCCCAGCAGAUGCCUAUGUGUCUGAGGAGACCCCGCUGAUUGAGACAUCAGAUGCAAUGAAGCGUCCUGCAGUGGAUCUCCGAUCCGAGACAUACGGCACCAUUCAGACCGAGCCUGAGCCUGAAAAUGGCAUCGCCCGUGAAAAGUCCGGUGGGGAAAACAUUUGGACCAAGCAAAUCAUUGGCUUGAUUCUUGCCCUGUGUAUCUUCACAUAUCACUCAAUGACAUACGACCAUCUGAUGCCCAUCUUCUUUGAAGAUGACCGUGCCCCAACCAAAGAGCUGGUAGGCAACAUGGCAAAUUGGUCAUCUCUCUUCUAUUCGCCAGGCGGUCUCGGCUUGUCCGUCCGCUCCGUCGGGAUGAUCAUGGCUGUCAACGGAGUUAUUGCCCUGUUUGUUCAAGCCGUCAUCUUCCCCAUUGCUGCGGAACGGAUUGGUGUGUACAAACUCUUUCUCAUUGUCACUGUCUUGCACCCGAUCGCCUAUGUGAUCGUCCCUAUUCUCAGUUCCGUUCCCGAAACCAUGCUCUUCACUUCAAUCUACCUGUGCCUUGCGGUUCGCAACACUCUCUCUAUCACCCUCUACCCGCUUCUCUUGAUUUUACUCAAAGAAGCCACUCCAUCUUCCAAAGCCCUCGGCAAGGUCAAUGGCCUAGCCGCGAGUGCCGGUGCUGCUUUCCGUAUGGUGGCACCGCCUGUCGCAGGAUAUCUGUAUACCUUUGGGAGUCAGCUUGAUUGCACAGCACUAGCCUGGUAUGGAAGCGCCCUCGUUGCCGUCAUCGGCUCCGUUCAGUGCUUCAUGGUACCACGUCAACCAAAUCACGAAUUAUCUGAAGAGUGCGGCAUUUCGCGCCAGCACUCCGCUUCCUCCGCUGAAGUUUCAGUGGAGAGUAACUAA